CGGGUGGCAAUGUGAGUGUGGCUACGUCCCGGUCUCCCCAGUCCGGCUUCCGCUCAGGAUGGAUCAGAGGAGAGCAGAAACGGACUGCAACACUGGCAACAGCCCGGUAACACUAUACGGGGAAUUCACGGUCACUGGUAACCGAAAAGUCAGGUGUGCUGUGAGCCUGACCGAAAGGGACCUCGUUGUUCAGAGGCUCACGUCGGCACCUGUCGGGCGGAACAAGGUGGUGCUCAGCCUUAAGGACUGUGUCGGCUGCCGGGCUUACCGGGAAGAUGACAACGCGGAUCAGGCGGCGUACGUAUCAGCCUACUUUUACCCGCUCAAACGCCGCUGGAUGAGUUCCGGGGUGUCGCGGCAGAGAGUGGAGCACUGCUUUCGGCUCGCUGCUCUCCAGGACCCUCGCGCUAACCUGGAGGAGGCAGAGAAGUGGGCUCGCGCUGUCCGAGAACGCGCUGGCCGGCAACAGUAUCUAAGAGACGGCGUGUUGAUGGGCGAGUUGUCUCGGCCAUGUCGGAUGAUGCUGCUAGUGAAUCCACAGAGCGGGAAAGGACAGGCGCUCACCCUGUACAACAACCACAUUCAACGCAUGCUCAACGAGGCCGGUGUCCCACACACUCUGGUCAUCACUGAGCGGCAGAACCACGCCCGAGAGCUGGUGAAAGAGGCCGACCUGUCUCAGUGGAGCGCUUUAGUCAUUAUGUCAGGAGACGGACUUCUGCACGAGGUGAUAAAUGGUCUGCUGGAGAGACCAGACUGGGAGGACGCCAUCCAGACCCCGCUGGGUAUCCUUCCUGGUGGAUCAGGCAAUGCCUUGGCUGCGUCCAUACACCACUACUCUGGAGCUUCUCCGGUGUCCAGUGAAGAUCUCCUGGUCAGCUGUGGUUUCCUGCUCUGUAAAGGACUGGUGUCCCAUAUGGACCUGGUCUCCGUCCAUCUCUCUUCCAGCCCUCGUCUCUUCUCCUUCCUUUCUCUGGCCUGGGGCUUCGUCGCAGACGUGGACGUAGAGAGUGAGAAGUACCGUCACGUAGGAGCUGCCAGGUUCACUGUGGGCACGCUGGUGAGGCUGGCUUCUCUCCGCGUCUACAAGGGCAAGCUGGCUUACCUGCCCGCCACCAAGGACUACAGCAACGAGAGAGGUUUGAGAAACAACAAGACGCUGCACUGCAACUAUCAGGCUUCCUCCCUGAGUCCAGCCUCUCUGCUGUGCCGCCAGUCCAGAGACUCUCCCUGCAAGAACACCUUCCACAACUCCUGCCACUCCAACAACUCCCUCAAAGUGCGGAGGAGAGAGAGCACGCCUUCCAAAAGCGCCACCAAAGCUGUCCCCGGCCCAUCUGACUCCCUGCUACUGCCCCUGGAGCAGCCACUGCCCAGCGACUGGGUGGUGGUCCAGGAGGAAGACUUUGUCCUCAUGCUGGCCAUGUACCAGUCCCACCUGGCAGAGGACCUGCUGGCAGCACCGGACGCCACCUUGGACGACGGCGUCAUCCAUCUUUUCUACGUCAGAGCAGGAAUAUCACGCACCGCUCUGCUGAGGCUGUUCCUAGCUAUGGAGAAAGGCACACAUCUGGCGACUAAUUGUCAACAUCUGGUUCACACUAAGGUGCGGGCGCUCAGGCUGGAGCCGUAUUCACCCAAGGGGAUAAUAACAGUAGAUGGAGAAGUGGUGGAGUAUGGGCCGGUGCAAGCAGAGGUGCACAGAGGUUUGACAAGAUUAAUCACUGGAUGAACUUAAUGAACAAACAUCACCAGCUUUCAUCUUUGCUUUUAAAGGCUGAUGGCGUUUAAUAAACAAAUUUUAGCAUUUCAAAUCAGAAAUGAACAGGUACAGCAGCAAAGCAAUGGAUGUAAGACUCAUUCACUUUUAUCUGCAAUGUUGUGCUUUCAGCGGUACACCCAUGUUUUUAUAGAAGAUGCUGUGAUGUUCGAUGGGAUAUUACAGCCAACAAGUGCCGUGUAUGGAGACCCAAAGUGUCCAAUAUUUGAUAAAUGAAUAAGGAUGAAUAAUCAUAUGAAUAAAUGCAGAAA